AUGAAUAAGGAGAAUAAAAAGAAAAACGACAAACUUAGUCAUGUUUUUACUCCUAAACCACAAACUAGGACGACUGCGAAAACUUCUCGAUUAGAAUCCUUAAUUCCUUCAAAUAAUACAACUACUCAAAAAGAUAUGAAACAGCAACAAAAUAAUACUAAUCAACAAGAAGAGCGUCGUCGUUUGUUAGAAGAAUUUAGACGUAAAAAAGCGGAGAAACUAAAGUUACAAAAUAAUAAAGGGAAGGAUAAGCCAGUUGUAAAAAAAAAAACUGAAGAAAAACAUCAUUUCACCCGUUCUAUGACAAAAGCUGAAAUAAAAAGUGCGAAUGAAUAUUUGCAACAAUCAUCGUUGAAUAAUGAUGAACCAGAUUUAAAUAAAUAUCAAACACGAAAUUCUAUUAAACAUUUAUCUCAAAAAUCAGCACAAGAUACAUCUUUGGUUCCUUUGGAACCCAUAGAUAAUAAAGAUCAGUCUGAUUCAUCUUCAAUAAAUCAACCAACUGAAAAGGGGAAAAUUAAAUCAGAUGAAGUUACUAAAAGACCUAGUCAGAUUCAUUCCUCAAUACAUUCAAGCCCUGCAAUUAAAGCAUCUGGAAAGCCUCAAAGAAUAAGAACGAAAUCAAUAACUCAUGAUAGUACUGAUGAGAUUGAUAAUAUUAAAAAAAGUCAAAGUGUAAUGACUUUUGCGGAAAACGACAUGGCCAGUACUCCUGCUGAUUCACUUUCAAAAGCUUUGAGCCCUGCAAUUAAAGUAUCUGGAAAGCUUCAAAAGAAAAGAGUAAAACCAAUAACCUAUGAAAAUGCUGAUGGAAUCGUUAAGAGUAAAGAAAAUCAAGGUGACAUGAUGGUUGCGGAAAGUGACAUGUUUAGCACUCCUGUUGCUUCACCUUCAAAAGCUUUGAACCCUGCAAUUAAGGUAUCCGGAAAGCUUCAAAGGAUAAUGGUAAAACCAAUGGCUGACAAUACUGAUGGGAUCGUUAAUAGUAAAAAAAGCCAACGUGUAAAGUUUGCGGAAAGUGCCAUGUAUACCACUUCUACUAAUUCACCUUCAAAACUUUUGAGCCCUGCAAUUAAGGUAUCUGGAAAGCCUCAAAGAGUAAAUGUGAAACCAAUAACUAAUGAAAAUCCUGAUGAAAUCGUCAAUAAUACAAAAAGUCGAAAUUUAAUACUGUCUGCGGAGAGUGACACGCAUAACACUCCUGCCAGUUCACCUUCAAUUUCCUUAUUGAAAGUUUCUCAUAAACGUUCACCUAACCCUUUUAUUUCAACAUUUGGAAAAGCUCAAAGAAUGAAGGAAAUUGAUGAUGCUACUAAGGUUAAGGAACCAAUACUUAAAUUAGCAACACCUAAAAUUUACAACACACCACAAAUAUCACAAACUCCUCCAUCGACUAUACUCUUCACCAAAGAACCGUUAGGCAAUAGUAUUCGACGUAGUGAAUUCAUAUAUGAUUCUAAAGAUAAUGUUUCUAGUUCUUCGUCGCGUUUACCAAAAUUAACACGUCUGACAUCUAAACAUUCUCCGGCCAUUAACCCUAUAAUUUCAUCAUUUGGGAAAGCUCAAAGAAUUAAAGUUGUAAGAGAUGAAGAUAAUGAGGAUACUGAUUUUCUCACACCUAAAGUAUCAGACUAUACAAGUGAUACUACAAAUGAAGAGAAUAGUAAUGAUGGUGCUAAGGCAAGACAUUUCUUUUCUAUCUUGGCGGCAACACCUUUUAAAGCACCGGUUAAGAAAACUGGUAGAUUGUUGGAUUUUUCGCAAGUUAAAAAAUCAAGUGUCGAUGAUUCCUUCCUCGACCAAAAGGAAGACAAAUGUGUUAGUGAACUCAUAUGUAUGGAAAAUGGUUCUUCAAUUACCGAAAAUUGGCAAACGCCUGAAUUACAAAAAACUAGUGAAACGACGUCUCCGUUCCUUAAAGACAUUUCGAUUCAAACAUCACCUUUUUUGUUAAACCAAGAUAAAUCUAAACCUGACUUUGACAAAUGGACAAAGCAUUAUGUGUUAAUCGUGUAUGAACCUGAUACGUAUGAUAUAAAAUAUAAACAAGUCGUUCCAAUCCCAACUAUUUCUUUUUUUUCCAUUAAAGAUGCCGUUCAUGUAUCCUGGACGGGAUCAGAAUUGUUGGCACGAGCGAUGUUUUAUAUCUUAGAAGCAGAUUGGCCUGCUCACUCCAAAAAGGUUGGAAUUUCAAAGAAGAAAAUUCCACCAUGUGAAAAAGCUGAAUAUUGGAUUGAAAGAGCUAAAUUUGAGGAACGUUGUAUGCAUUAUGAAGAAGCUUUACGAUUAUAUGAGAAGGCUGAAGAACUGAGCGCAAAGCCUGCCCAGUUAGUCAAGGAGGAACGGGAGAAAUUCUUGGCCAGAAUAUGUUCAUUGUUCGAAUCAAUUCCUAAUCUAGAACAUGAAGAGUUAUUGGUGUAUCAAGAUGAUUUUGACGAAAAUAAUUAUUAUUGGGAUGAUAAAGAUGAUUUGUUAGAUGACGACUUGUCUGCAUUACUUGAAUAUGAAAGUUGCAUAUUUAAUGAAAACAACGAAUUCAACGAACAAUCGCAAACAAGUCGUAAUGAUAUCAUUGUAAGCAAGGAUUUUGUUGAGGGUUUGGAUGAUUCAUCGUUCAAUAUUCAAAUGAAGAGAAAAGCGAGAAAAAAUGAUAAUUUUGAACAAGAAACUCCUAAAUCAAUUGAUUCUUCUUUGACUUUAUUAACCACAGUUAAAGCAAACAAGAAGGAAAGAGAAGAAUUUGGAGUUGAAAAGGUUAUAACUCCUGUGAGACGAUCCGCAAGAAUUCAAAAAAGUUCGUAUUCUGAUGAUGAACAUCAAACUCCGGAAGAUCGAGAAAUCGCAAUUUUAUUAGAAGAAAGUGGUAUAACUUACGUCCCCAAUCGAGCUUUAUAUUACAAUAAAAAUUUAACACCUUUGAAGAGGUCAUCCAAAAAGAACAAUGAACAAGAAAGUGAUAUUGAUAAUGUGGUUGUAAUGAAACAGAAAACAAUGUCAGGUAAAAAGACUGUUACUUGGGAAGAUUUAAAGAAAUAA